GGUCAGUGUUCAAUAGAUGUGACCAAGUUUGUUUAGCUGUGUUUCCCUAGAUCAUUGCUACACAUUCGGUUCAUGAAAUAAACUUCAACUUUGACUUCUAAUUAAAACCACAUUCAUUCAACUUGUAGAGUCAAUAUUUGACAAAUCUCUCAAUAUUUGACAAAUCUGUCAAUAUUUGACAUUAGGUGUCAAGCAGUUGACAUGAUGGAGAUCUGAGAAAUUGUGUCAGUGACAACAUCACCAGCUUGUGUGUUUCAUAAAGUAAUGUCAACAUAAACAACGUUUGAUUACAUCGAUCUUUAUUUGAUUGCUCUGAUUGCCUUGAUAGCCUGACGUCGUGUUGACAGUAGCAGCCGAUUGAAAACUGACGUCCGGAUUCUGUUAAAAAGCUCGGGUCGGAAUGUUUUGACCUAAGUCCUGCCCAUUUUAUUGAUACCAAAUCGUGGAUAGAAAUCUAUCAAAUAAAUUCGACUUUUUUUACCAACGAGUCUAGCAGAAGACAAUGUUUUUUCUUGGAAUUUUAUUAACAGUAGCCACCCAAGUGGUCAGUAGCAAUGGUCAGUCUGUGGCCCAGCAAUGUCUGACAGAACAGAUCAGGAACAACAACCUCAACCCACCCAUUCCCAAUCAAAAUGGCGGCAACCCUGAAGCGAUUACAAUGGCUGCAUUUGAUUCCAUUUGCAGGAACUACAACAGCUACCUCAACUGUUUUGAGAGUCGUCUGCCAGGGUCCAACCAGCCAGCCGACAGGUUUCUGCAACUGGUCUUCACCAGACGUAACAUGCACACGGCGUACGAGGGGUUGUGUACCUUGGAUCUAGAACAUCUACGUCGCAACAUCCGCUGCCUUCUAAGUACACCUGAGGUCAGACGCUGCUACGCCCUCUUCAACCAGGGCGUCAACCAGGUGGUUGCACUAGAGAACCAGAACAACCAGCAGUUGCCGCGUGGUGCGCUACAAGACCUCGCCUGCAACGUAUCUGUGGCCAGAUACCGAUGUGAGACAGCCGUGUACAGCUUCUGCAACCGUCAGGUGGGGCAGAUCAUGCAAGACUUCUUCUACGCAGGUGUGACCAACGACUGCCGGCACCAGACGGGCGUCAGGUCCAGGUACACGGCUUUAUUUAACGGCGGCCCAGUGGCCACUGCCAGCCUUGUAAUGACUGUCCUAAUGAUCUUGAUGAUAGCCAUGCUGCAGCUAAUCUGAUUCACCAGUCAUGGCUCAUUGUGUUGUUGUGUUUAGUUCCGUUGUCGUUGUGUGCUGCAGUGAUGAGUGAUACUUUUUGUUUUAUUUUGUUUAGGAUAAACUUUAAGGUGUGUGUGUGUGGAUGUGUGUGUGUGUGUGUGUGUGUUUUGUUCACAUAAGUGGAAAUUCCCGUUCCAUCCCCACUAUUCUAUUUUUAUCCACACCACCACCUACUUAAAAUAAACUCUGUUAGUCACUCUUCAUCCUUUUAUUCUUUCGUUCGUUAUCGAUAAUCUUUCAAUGAAUCAAUGCUAAAAAAAUUGAGACGAGCUGAAAUUUUUUUUCGAUCAUUGAACUGCAUCCUGCAGUCUAUCACAGUGACCCAACAUUAGACAUGUUGUUUUUUUUAGGGCCGUCCAUAAAUGACGUCACACUCGUAGGGGGGAGGGAGGUCCGUAAUUUUGUGACGGUGUGUGAUGAGGGGGAGGGGUUCUGAUGGUGUGACUUCACACUUUUACAUUAUAAAAAAGCAAUGUUAGAAAGCGAAUUUUAGUAGUUAUUUCGCGUUUUUAGAAAACUGCUUUCAAUAAAUUGUCAUAGGAAUUGGAUUUAAAAUACUCAAUGUUGACAGAGUUCAGACAAGAUUUUGAAAAAAAAAUAUCGAUGUUUUAGGAAAAAUUCAACUGCGCUGUUGAAGGGGUUGUAGGCUGAGGCCUGAGGUGUGACUUCAUUUUAGAGGGGGGGGGGGGGUGUCUGGCUUUUUGAGACGAUGUAUGACGGAGCUGAGAGGGGAGAUAAAAAUCGCCAAAAAAGCUUGUCUUCAUUUAUGGAUGACCCCUAAUUACACCAGACGUUUAUUUUUUAACAUAACUAGAACACCAUUUAGCUCAAUGAGCUGUUGAUAAAAGAAUGAUGCUCCACUUUAACAGAGAGGAAUAGUGACGUCACGUAUUUCAAGCAAUAUUUGAGUUCCUCAUGUUGACAGGAACACCUUUGUGUUAUUUAGACACCUUAACUCCGGUGUUUAUGUUAUUUAGACACCAUAACUCCGGUGUUUAUGUUAAUUAGACACCUUAACUCCGGUGUUUAUGUUAUUUAGACACCAUAACUCCGGUGUUUAUGUUAAUUAGACACCAUCUCCGUUGUUUCUUCUUGAGCUGUUUCGAGAAGACAAAUGUUGGCGUGCUAAUUGAAUGAGUGGACCGAAACUUUUUCUUGUCUGACUACGUGACUUUCGUUAGUCAUUGGCUGAAUGGUGACACACACUGUUGACACGCCUUGCGCCAUAUUGUGUAGUGGGAGCACGGCCUUUGUUGUGUGUCGUGUUUUGUGAUGAUUGGUUGUAUGAGUGUGUAAGGUUGUUCAGUAUGAAAGUGUAAAUUUAUGUUGUAUGAAAGUGUAAAUUUAUGUUGUAUGAAUGUGUAAAUUUAUGUUGUAUGAAAGUGUAAAUUUAUGUUGUAUGAAAGUGUAAAUUUAUGUUGUAUGAAAGUGUAAAUUUAUGUUGUAUGAAAGUGUAAAUUUAUGUUGUAUGAAAGUGUAAAUUUAUGUUGUAUGAAAGUGUAAAUUUAUGUUGUAUGAAAGUGUAAAUUUAUGUUGUAUUAACGUGAAACACGCUUGUUUGUAAGUUAAUAAAACAAUGAAACAAAACGGUAACAUUACUGCUGAGUAGAAAAAUGUUCAGCACGCAAUGUCUUUAUGAUCCAAUGAUUUUGAGAAUCUGUGUACUUGAUGUCGUCAUAACGGAGUGUGUAUUUGCUGACAUCACAAUGAUCUCAUACUCUAUGCGUUCGUGCUGCAGUUAUUGUAUGAAUGUACUUGCUGAUGUCAUUAUGAUGUCACGAUUGCGCGUGUGUAUGUGUGUGUGCGAACUGUGACUGAAACAAGCUGUUUUCUAUCAAAAGACCUUACUAUCAAUUCUAGUUAUUUGUCAAUGCGGGUACAAUGUCUUGUCUCUAUAUUCAAUCUCUGGGAAACCAAAUGUUCUAUACAAUAGUAUGACAAAUAUUUUAGGCUACGCACUUCCUUCAUCUGACAAGAAAAAAGUGAAAGAAAGAAAGAAAAAAUCAGAUCUAUUUGUCAUGCACUCUCCUACUUGACUAACAAACAAUUUUUUAAAAUAUCUUGUGUGUAUGGCUUGAUAAGACAUAAUUAACACGCUGUAACCCUCAUCCACUUCCUACUAGCAAAGUGUGAUCAUUCCUAUCUUUUAGCAGAAGUUUUGUAGAAUCUUUACUUCUUGGUCAAUAUAUUAAUAUGAUGACCACUCCCCCCACCCCCCCCACAAAAAAACAAACUAAGAAAAAUAAAUUGUAACAAGCUAAACCAAAAACCCAAGAGGCUUUAUUUAAUUUUAAUUAACUUAAUUUAAAUCUAGAGAAAUUGUGCACUUUGUUCUGGGGGUCAAAGCUAUUUUCUCUAUAUUCUAAAUAUCAGUAUUUUUUCAUUUCCUUUUUCAGUUAAAAUUAUCUUUGUAAUUUUUUCAUACAUGGUAUAACUUGAUUUUAUGUAGGAUUUAACAACACUGACAUGUUUAUGUAAGAUGUAUUACUGACAUGUUUUAUGUAUAAAGUAAUACUGACAAGUUUUAUGUAAGAUGUAUUACUGACAUGUUUUAUGUAAAAUGUAAUACUGACAUGUUUUAUGUAAGAUGUAAUACUGACAUGUUUUAUGUAAGAUAUAUUACUGACAAGUUUUAGGUAAGAUGUAUUACUGACAAGGUUUAUGUAAAAUGUAAUACUGACAUAUUUCAUGUAAUAGCACUGUUUUAUGUAAGAUGUAAUACUUAUGUUUCAUUUAAUAGAACUGACAUGUUUUAUGUAAAAUGUAAUACUGACAUAUGUAAUAGCACUGGCUUGUUUUAUGUAAAAUGUAUUACUGACAUGUUUUAAAGAAGAUUUGUAACACUGACAUUUAAGACCGGCCAUAUAUGUACUAUGCAACAACUGAUUUAUUCUUGUCCAAGUGUAACAAAUAAAGUCGGAGACGAGUGGAAUUAUAUUAUUUAAUUUGAUGACAUAAAGAAUAUCCCAAAAAUAAACAUAAAAAAAUGGA